UCAUCACCGGGGAGCCCGCCUCUGCCUGGGUUUCACUUCUGCCUCUGCCAAGCCGUGUCGGGUCUUUCUGCCUGGACACUCGUGACGCGGGCCCGCUUACCACGCCCAUUGGUUGCGGGCUCCUACAGCAGCCAAUCAGCGCCGCCGCGGUUCCCGUUAUAAAGUCCCCACAGAGCGCCAGCCUGAGUCCCGCAACCUGAGGAUGGGGGUGAUGGCACCCCGAGCCCUGCUCCUGCUGCUCUCGGGGGUCCUGGUCCUGCCCGAGACCCGGGCCGGCUCCCACUCGAUGCGCUACUUCGACAUCGCGGUGUCCCGGCCCGGCCAAGGGGAGCCCCGCUUCAUGUCCGUGGGCUACGUGGACGACACGCAGUUCGUGCGCUUCGACAGCGACGCCGCGAGCCCGAGGGUGGAGCCGCGGGCGGCGUGGAUGGAGCGGGUGGACCAGGCGUAUUGGGACCGGGAGACACGGAGAGCCAAGGGCAACGCACAGGUUUACCGAGUGAACCUGCAGACCGCGCUCCGCUACUACAACCAGACCGAGGCCGGUGAGUGAGCCCGGCCGGGUCAGAAGUCACGGCCCUGCCCGUCCCCACCGACGGGGUCCGAGGUUCAGGCGCAGACCCCAGUCCCGGAAGAGCGCGGGGAAGCGACCGGGUUUCGUUUUCAGUUCGG